CAAUGAAUCUGAUUAGUGUGUAAUUUAUCAGAUUUUGUUUGCAGGGCGGAGUUUUCUUCAGUGAAAUGUGAUUCACUUAAUAUUACGUAAUAUCCCAGGGCGUUUCUGUAGUUUCGCAACUCCUUGUUUCAAUUCUAUUUGACCAGAAAGUGAAACUGGUUUUUCCCAUCUCUACACGUACUGAUUGUUAUUUGAACUUUCUGUAAAAUAGUAUUGACAAAUCACUCAUCAAGUAACAUUUUUGGAGAAACUGAACUGAGAUAGGCGAUUGCCACUGGCUCAGAUUAAAAUCUCAAGAACUGUAAUGGAAGACCUAAAGCAGCUACGAAUGGAAGACUGGGAUGAAGACCAGGUGCGGACCUGGUUACAUCAUAUUCGAGUGAAAGAAGAACACAUACAGACAUUGUAUAAGGAACAGGUCACUGGUGCAGUGCUGCAAGUGAUGAGCAAACAGGACCUUAGAGAUCUUCAUGUGAAGGAAGGUCAGAUACAACUGAUUGUGAACAAAAGGAAUGAACUAUUGAAUAGUCAGAAUUUACAAUUGGCCGAGUGCAGCACAAGUGAAGUGAACGAUUGCAAAAAGACUUCUCCAAUGCAAGGUAGUCCAGAUGGCACUCCCAGUCAGACAUCACAGACAAAGCCUCUGGCAAACAAAGGGAAAUUGAAAAACCAAGGUCAACCUACUGCUUUAAUAUCGGACCCAGCAAGUAGUUCUACUGAGUCUCAUCUUAACACCACGCUUGAGAAGGCGAAUGGAAAUAGUCCUCCGACUCAAUGCAAACCUCGUCCAUUUGACAAGGAAGAUAUCAAUUUUAAAUACGUAAAAAACAAUGUCCUUCCACCAGAAACUGGGGUCAUUAAUUUAAUUUGUCCCUGUCAUGAAUAUAAAUCUCUUGCUAUCGCUGUUACAUUGGACAGACAACGGCUCCAAGCCAAAUUUGCCAAGGAAGUUAUCAGAUUUGCUUCUGGAUGCAUGAAUGUUCGAAGUAAUGGUACAAUUCAUUUUGGGGUUGAGAAUGGCAAUGAUCAUUCUGGAUAUACACAUGGUGAAAUAAUAGGUAUCCCUGUCAAAGAUCCUAGCAUCUAUGUUGAUGCAUUGGAUUACAUAGAGAAAUGCUUCAAACUACACGCUGAGGAUGCAAGACGUUGCAUUCGGCCCCCCAAACUUGUGGAAGUGAUUAGCAAAACUGGAAGUGAAGGGAAGUUUGUCAUUGAGGUUGAUGUAAACUCAUCUAUAAAGAUUGUGAGAAACAAAAUUUACAGAGUUUGUCUUCCAAAUUUUAAUGAAAAGAAAAAUAAAGUAGAAUAUGAGAAAAAGACCAUCUACAGAAGAAAGGGAGCAAAAACUGAAACUAUUGAUGAGGAAAGUCAGGAUGAAUUUGUCUCAGGGAUGCAAGAAAGAGACAAACAAAGAGAAAUAGCAGAAACCACAGAGCAACCAAGCAACAUCCCUGAGGAUUUAGGAAGGAAGCUGUCAGUUCUUCUGACUGGUGGUAAGAAAUACUUGGAUAAUAGUCAGCGGUAUGUGCUUGUUAUAAACAAAUGUAAACCAGAAGAUUUACAGAAAUUAAAUUUCUUGCUGCACAUGAAUAUCUUUUGUGUGUUUGACUUCGAUCCUGAUUCGAAAACCAAUGGCUUUUUUGAGCACUACCUAAAUCAUCACCCAGCCAGCGUUCACUUCUUACAAGAUUACAAAUGUGAAGAUCGAGAAAGUGUGAGUGACUUGAAGAAACGCUUAUGUUUAUUUGAUCAGACCAGUUGGAUAUUCUGUAACGGGUGCAAUCAUUAUGAUGGUGACGAGAGGCCGUGUGACGUGAAUACGUGGGUGAUAAGCAAAAAGAAACACUUGAAGAGAACAGCCUCACUGAUCUGCAAUGAAAUUCUGCCAAAUGGUUCCUUUGUCGUACUUUUCCUCCUUUUGUCACCAGUAGAACAACCUCUGGUGGACACCUUCCAUGAAUUUUAUGCAGAAAUGAAUGGCAGAAAUGACAUCAUUUGUGUUUCAGAGAGCGAUGACAACUAUCAGAAGUGGGCAAAUCUUGCACAGCCUUCCUGCAGCAUUGAAACCAUUGACAAGAUGAGCAUUGUUGGGAUGAAACUUAACCAUGUAAAUGACACGAUCCAAACCAUGCUGCCAAUAUUAAUUGACAGUGCCAGAUACUUACCAGUGUCAUCAAGGGGCCUGUGUUUACUCAAACCUACAGAUGAAGAAAGAAUGUUUACACUGGAAAUACUGAGUGUCAAUCAGUGUGAAGAGUAUAAAAUAGAUGUUCAGGAUCAGACAGAAAUAACCAAAAUUGAGAGAGAUUUUUAUCGUGGUGGUAAAAUCAGCUGGCUGAAUUUAAUGCUGGCAGAGCGUGGAUAUUGUGAAGCAGUGAUACAGCGGAAUGCCUACAAGGAAGUUGUUAACAUUAUAGAUGGAAUGCUAAAGGGUUCGUCAGGGAAGCAGUUAGUGACCACAGUACAUGUAUUUCACCACCCUGGCAGUGGUGGGAGCACUGUGGCGCGACAGGUUUUGUGGAAUUUCCGAAAGCAGCUGCGAUGUGCGACUGUUAAACUAUCAUGUGCUGUUGGGAAAAUCUGUGAACAUGCAAUCCAGCUACUGGAGUAUGAAGAAAAUGAUCUGACUCAGUGCUUGCCUGUACUGCUGCUGCUUGAAGAUGCUGAUGAAGAUUACUUUGAUGAAAUUAAGCAUGAAUUAAUACCUGCAAUUGGCAGCAAGAUGGUGAAUAUUGUGAGGCCUCUCCUCAUACUUCUGAACUGUCGGAGAUCUAAUAAUGCUGAAAAACUCUGCAAAAACAUCCCGCUGGAAGCAGUAGCUGUUACUCACAAAUUAACAGAGGAAGAGAGAAUGUUGUUUUCUAACAAACGUAAGAAACUUGAGGAACAUUUUGAACCAGAGUUUAUACUAACAUUUGUUCUAAUGAGUGAAGAGUUUUCAGAAGAAUACAUCCAAGAUUUUGUGAAACAUUUAUUGGAAGGUAUUGAUCACUCUUCUCCUGUUACUCAAUUGAUAAAGUAUGUUGCUUUACUGAACCACUACGUGGAGAAUUCAAACAUUUCACUCUCUCAUUGUGAAGCAUUUUUGAACCUUGGUAUUCAAAUAGAUCACAUACGCCUGCAAAGCUUUCAAACCUCCUUGAAUGAUCAGGCACGGUUUUUAUUCAUACACUUCAGAGACUGCACUAGUGAGAUUAAGUCGAUCCGAAUCGUUCACCCACUUGUUGCCAAGGAGAUACUAAAUCAGAUCUCAGAUCAGCCUCGGAGUCAAAUUGCGAUGGACUUUCUUAAGGAAAAGGCAUUUUUUGAGAAUCGGUUUGCUCGUGAUGAAUUCAUUAAAUUUGUUCGAGACUUGUUCAUACGACGUCACAAAAGAAGCAAAGGUGACAGCGUGGAUACUGUUUUUUCCCCUCUGAUUGAAGAUAUUUGCAAUGAGCAGCAAGCUCCAGAAAAGGCAGUAGAAGUUCUGACAGCAGCUUAUGAAUGCUUCGGCAAAGAUCCAUUUUUUGCGCAGCAGCUAGCUCGACUGCAUUACAAGGACCUAAAUUUUGCUGAUGCCAUAAAGUGGGCAGAAGAUGCAAAAUAUCGCUUGCCAACCAAUUCUUAUAUUUUAGACACUGAAGGACAGGUAUACAGAAAAAAACUGAACAUUCUGUUUGAUCUAACACAUUUGCGAACUGAGGUGGUUACUCCUGACAAACUCUCAGAAGCAAUAAGUAUAGCUCUAAAGGCGAUUGACUGUUUCAGGGCUGCUCAGAAGGCAGCACAGUCUGAACUUGAUUCUAUGAAUAAUUCUGGUUUCUUUGGUGAAGUAGAGGUUGGAUGUCAUUUAUUGCAACUUCUUUCACUGCUGGAUAUCUUUGAGAAGGAUGAAGAUGGCAGUUACACAAAACUGACUGAGUAUCUUCUGGGUAAAGACGUUCCAGAAGUAAUUAAAGAACCUUGGAAAAACUUCCACGGGAAAUUGAAAGGCCUGCAGAAGGGGAUAAAUGAGGCACUUGAAUGGAUAUCUGAAGAUUCGAGUUAUUUUCAAACUGACAAAUGUGAAGACGACGACGGUGGAACCAGCAGCACAGAGGACCAUGCACACAAUCCUAGGAAAUGGUUGAGAAAGAAAGCAAAAAUCUAUGCACGUUAUUUCUGUUUUACACAACAAGAGGAACAAAACUUAAAACAGAGUACAAAUUCUCACUUGUUCCCUCUGGUAAGGCGUCUGCAAAUUUCCGGGAAUGGUGGUGGAAACAUUACAUCAAUUUUUUCAAUGUUGUCUGACCAAAAAGUUGAUAGAGUUGCAGAAAAGCUAGAGAAAAUAAUCUCCAUGUAUCCUGAACAUCAUCAGAAAGAGAAACUAGAUCUGGUUGAUCUUGUCAACUUCACACUUAGUCAUAUUGCACUUGCCUGUGUGGCACCAAGGUCUUCAAAGCUGCUAACAUUCAGCCAGCUGAGGGAACUUAGUCAGCAGUUUCCAAAAUGUAAAUACAAUUCAAGUGCUUGUUUCUUACUUACUUUAUUGUAUUGGCCAGAUGAAGCUUAUGACCAGGAACCCGAUGAAGCUAAAGGUCGAAUCUUUGAUACAGCUCUUGAAAAACUGAGAAAGCUCUACAACGUCAAAAUGAAGAAUUUGCCUUCCAGGAAGAAACAGAUUUAUACACACUUCUUCUUGGGAAAUGGGCAUGGAUUUGACAAAAUUGUUCAUAAGAGUUUGCUUGAGAAACUAAUUCCUAGUGGCCUAAAUGAACGAAGAUGGAAGUGGCUCACUGGAGAUGUGUGGAAGAACCCCAAAGUCACCCAAAAGUUGAAGCGGGUUAAAGGCUGGACAGAAAAUGGAACAAUAUUUGUAAGGGGUUACUGCAAGCACCACAAAAUCAGAAUCUUUCCAUUGCAUUUCCCAUCAAUGCCCCAUGGCAAUGAGAACAUAACCUUUUAUCUUGGGUUCACGUAUGGGGGGCUUUUUGCUUAUGACAUCCAAGGGGAACGUUAAACCUAACAAUAUACAGCUCUCUUGAUCAUCUGUUGUUCACUGGGUUGUUUUCGGUCAACACCGUUGUUUCAUGCUGUUGCUUUGGAUUUUGACUAUCGCCUGCUAAAGACAUUUUCAAAGAAAUACGAGGCACCAAUCUAUGUUGAACCUGCAGCCUCCUCCCAUUCCCACCAUCAGAAUUGUUAUUGCCCCAGGACUGACACUUGCCCACACUUUGAAAAUGCUGACACUGCACUAAUGCGUGCGAUUUAAAUACUAGUACCACUUAAAUGCCAAGUUUGCAUAUUUGUUUCUUUGUAUGAAACGUGCGCCUUACUAGCGAGGCCAGCAUUUCUUGCCCAUUCCUUAAUUGCCCAGGAGACUAUUAAGUGUCAGCCACACUGCUGUGGAUCUGGAGUUACACGUGGGCCUGGCCAAGUAAGGAUGGAUGAUUUCCUUUCCUAAAGGGCAUUAGUGAAUCAGAAGGGUUUUUAUGAUAACCAACAGUGGUUACAUAGUCACCAUUAGGCUAACUCUUCAUUCCAGUUUUUCAUUGAAUUCAAACCUCACCAGCUACCAUGGUGAUUUGAAUCCAUUUUCCCCAGAGCAUUAAACUGAGGUUGUGGUGACAAUGCCACUAUGUCAUGCCCUACCCUUUCACAUGUAAAAUUAGGGAGCAUUCUGCUGGGCAGCGAUGGUGUCGUGGGGAUUUAAGAGUAUUACACAUUAUACAGAUCCUUCAUUCUAACUUACCUGUGAAGCUAAAGGUCACCAGGAAAAGGUACAUUUAAUCCAUAUGAAGCCUGUUGAGUUUGGUGAUUUGGACAUGUCAGGCUGCUGAAACUCACUGUGAUGUGGUGGUCUGUGCAGUAGCUGGAGGAGUUAGCAUUUAUUCAAAGGUUUUGGGAAGGGCAUUAUAUGAAGUCGAACGGGGAGAACCAGAUAAACUGAUGAGAUGAUGUCACUGGUUGGAUGAUUUCUGUACUAAAUUGAAAAAAUUCGAAAGAAACAAAGAUGUCAAGAACUCUGCAUAUCACUGUAUCUUUCUUUUUGUAACGAGAUUUUGACAAUUAAGCAACGAAAUAACAGCAACAAACUUUUUUCUCAAUAAAAGUGCAGAGCAAA